AUGCCCUCCGCUCGUGCAGUGCCAAGCGAGCCCUUCCCUCUCGGCGGCCUCUUACCCAAGGACACCACAGAGGCACUCAGCUUCCUUCGCAAGUAUCCCGACUUCGACGGUCGCAAUGUUCGAGUUGCCAUUCUCGACACUGGUGUAGACCCUGCUGCUAUCGGUCUCAAUGUUCCGGGAAAGGUCGUCGAUGUGAUUGACUGCACAGGUGCCGGCGACAUUCCUCUUCAGCCUAUCGAGCCUGUAGCCAACACCGGCGACAGCAGCUCUAAGCAUAUCGAGUUCAAGUCUCCGUUCACCGGUAGAAUCAUUCGUCUCUCGUCAAAGCUCUCCAAUCCAAAGGGCGAGUGGAAGAUUGGCUUCAAGAAAGCCUACGACCUCUGGCCUGGCGAACUGAAGAGCCGCCGCUCUGCAGAGAGGCAGAAAGCUUUCCUUGUCUCGCACCAGGCACUUCUCUGCAAAGCUCAGAGUGAGCUCAAUGCGCUUGAAUCUCCUGCUUCCUCCAAAGCUUCAGAUGCGAUUAGCUCAAAUGCAGACCACAACAUUGUAAAGGACAACGCCAAACUGCAAAAAGACGAGAUCAAGGCCCGCAUUCAGACGCUCAAGGAUCUCGCUGCCUCGUACAAGGACGAUGGUCCACUGAUCGAGGCCAUUGUCUUUCACAAUGGUAAACAUUGGUACGCCGUCGUUGGCGGCGGCGAGGGCCAGACCCAUGAUCCCUCGACGGGUCAGCCCGAAGACGUGCUCAAACCUCUCGAGCAGCAGACGCUUGAUCUCACAACCGUUGACCCCAUCACUGAUUUCCGCACCGAGCGUCAGUGGCAAAGCUUUGGUGAGCAAGAUCUUCUCACCUACACCGUCAACAUUGAGGACAAUGGCAAUCUCCUCAGUCUUGUCACGGUUGCCGGUAGCCAUGGUACCCAUGUCGCUGGCAUUGUUGGCGCUCGCCACGACGAACAGCCAGAGCUCAACGGAGUCGCCCCUGGCUGCGAAAUUGUCAGCAUGAAGAUCGGCGAUUCGCGCCUCGGCAGCAUGGAGCAAGGCCAGGCCAUGCUUCGUUCCGCUCAGGCGCUUAUUGACACCAAGUGCGACAUCGCCAAUCUCAGUUACGGAGAGGACGGCGCCUUUGGUGCCGAAGACAAGGGCGCAUUCGCCAAGGCUCUCAGGGACAUUGUCAUCCGUCAGCGCGACAUUCUUUUUGUCAGCAGUGCCGGAAACAACGGACCCGCGUUGACCACGGUUGGCCAGCCCGGCGGAACCACCUCGUCUGUCCUCAGCGUUGGUGCAUACGUCAACGCAGGUGCCAUGCAAAAGGCCGAGUACGCUCUCGUUGAAAAGGGUGUGCCUGACAGUGUAACCACCUGGUGUAGUCGCGGUCCCACUGCCGACGGUGAUCGUGGCGUUUCGAUCUAUGCCCCAGGUGCUGCCAUCACUUCGAUUCCCCGCUACUGCCUCCAAUCGACCCAACUCAUGAACGGAACCUCGAUGAGCUCUCCCAACGCCUGCGGCUCCAUUGCUCUCCUUCUCUCCGGUCUAAAAGCGCAAAAGGUUCCCAUCACCCCUGCCCGUGUCUUCAACGCCGUUCGCGUCACGGGUAAGGACGUCAACGAUCCGCUUGGCGUACCCUUCAUUCGUGUCGAUGCUGCUUGGGACUAUCUGAUGCAGAACAAGGACCGUGUCGAGCAGGACGCCGAGUACCGCGUUGGUGUCACUCGAGCUGGCAAGGCGCUGGGUCGAAUGGAUAAGCGUGGUAUCUACCUUCGCGAGAAGGACGAGACCUACAACGUGCAGCAGACCAACGUCACCGUACGACCCACGUUCAAGCAAGGCGAGACCGAGAAGGCGUUUCACCUCGAACUGAGGUGCGCCCUAGCGGCUAGUAAGCCAUGGGUUUCCGUUCCCGACUUCCUUCUGCUCGGCGGCAAUGGUCGUACUUUUGAGGUGAGAGUCGACCCCACGAACCUGACACCGGGCCUCCAUCACGCCUGGCUCGAGGCCUAUGACACUGAGAGGCCCGGCCACAAACUGUUCGACAUCCCCGUCACUGUCGCCAAGCCCGAGGUGUUCGCAUCGCCAACCGUCAAGUUUGACACCGUUCGCUUCGAGGCUGGUAAGAUCGAACGGCGUUUUAUAUCGGUGCCUGAGGGAGCUACUUGGGCUUCGCUCACCGUGCGCAGCUCGAACCACUCGUCCGCUGGUACCAGCGCUCGCUUCUGGCUGCACUGCGUCCAGCUUGAGCCUCUGCAGCGUUUGAGCGAGGUCGAAAAGGCGUUCGUGCUUGCUCUGCAGGAGAACGAACCGGUGACGAAGAAGUUCAACGUGCGCGGUGGAAUGACUAUGGAAGUUUGCUCGGCCCAGUUCUGGUCCAACAAGUCGGCAUUUGAUCUCGACCUCGACAUUGAAUUUCACGGCAUAACCGCUUCGCUUGUUCCAGCUAGCGGGCGUCAAGAACUCACGCUGAUUGGUGGUCAGGGUCAUGCCAAGAUUGAGUGCCAGUCGACGGUCCGGAUCGAAGACUUUAAGCCCAGCAUCACCUUCGACACUCGCCGUACCUUCCACCGCCCUUCAUCGUCAACUAUUCGUCCUCUCACCACGCCAAGGGACCUUCAGCCGAGCGGCAACCACAUGUUUGAGCUCGUGACUACGUACCACAUUUCGGUCAAGGAGGACUCGAACAAGCUCAGUUACUCAUUCCCUGCUUUGGGGAAUCACUUGUACGACUCGAGUGUGCCACUGCUGACGCAGCUCUUCGACCUUCGCAAGAAGCGUGUCCAUUUUGGCGAUGUCUACAUGAAGGAGAUCGACCUUCCCAAGGGCGACUACGUGCUCAAGGCGCAGCUGCUUAAUGAGAGCAUGAAGGUGCUUGAGUCGCUCAAGAAUGUGACGCUCAUGAUCGACCAAAAGCUCUCGAAACCCGAGUCGGCCGCGCUCAAGCUUUACGACAACCACGUUGAUUUGCACUCGGAAGCUCCACCUGCCAAGUACGCUGGUGUCAAGCUUCAACCCGGUGAGCGUAUCGUUCUGACGCUUGACUUGAACCUCGAGGGCGAUGCGGUGCCCAAGGAGGCCCAACCGGGUGACAUUCUGGUGGGUACGUUUGGAUUUGCUGCCGAGGGCAAGGGUCAGAUUCGCUACAUUGUUCCUCCUGCAGUCAAGAAUGCAGAUGAGGGGUCGGACGAUGGCGCUACAGCAGGCAAGAACGACAAGGAAAUCCCUGAGCUCCUCACUGCAACCGCAAAGAAGAUCAAGGACCCGAAGGAGAAACUUGACUUUAUGGACAAGUUGAUCUCGGACUACCCCAAGUUCCUCGGAGCACUCGUUGCCAAGUUGGAAGCUCUGGAUGCUGACGACAAGGACGCGACAAAACGCAAGGAGGUCAUCACCACCGUUGAUCAAGUGCUUUCACUGAUUGACGAGACAGAGGUGAAACUCUGGCUGGCCACACAGAAGCCGUCCGCGUCGGAACAAACGGAUGAAGAGAAAAAACACAGCAAGGAAAUGGAGGAAAAGAAGAAAGCACUCAUCCUCGCGCUGAACCGUAAGACGCGCGUUCUCAUGACCGACGCCGAAUCCUCGUCUGGCUCCUCAGCCGAUCUUGAAUCGAGCUGGAAGACCUACCGAUCCUACUUUUCCGCAGACACGAAGAACAAAGACUACACGAUCCUCUUCGUUCGUUGGUCCAUCCUUCACCGUCGCUUCGCUCUGGCCUUGCAGGCCGUACACAAGCUCAAGAAGGAUCUGGGUGCCGGAACCGCUGAGACGCUCGCGGAGCUGGAGAAACUCAAACAGCUUGAGUUGAGGUUGGUCGGAAAGCAAGGUUUGGAUUGGCCCUUAUGGGCCAGUCAUUUGGAGCGACUCGAGCGCGUAGCUGCGCCCAAGGCGUAUGCUCCUUUCUAG